AUGUCGGCCUCGCUUCCAGGUAACCGCGCCCUACCGGCUUCCCAAUACAACCUAGACACAUAUUGGGGUCGUGUUAGACAUGCUGCCGAUUUGUCUGAUCCUAGAACAUUGUUCACCUCCCCAGCUGGUCUCGAACAUGCAAAGGAGCUCGUCACAUCAUACAAGCAGGGCAAAGCUCAGUCAAUGACACCCGACUUGUGGCAAGCAAAGAAGGUCAUCGAUGCUACUCUUCAUCCUGACACCGGCGAGAAGGUUCUCCUCCCCUUCCGCAUGUCCGCCUACAUCUUCUCCAACUUGGUCGUGACCGCCGGCAUGCUCACUCCCGGCCUAAGUACCACCGGCACCCUCGGCUGGCAAAUUGCCAAUCAGUCUCUCAAUGUCGCCAUCAACUCCUCAAACGCCAACAAGUCAAUUCCUCUCUCCAUGUCGACAAUGGUGCAAUCUUACUUCCUCGCUGUUGGUGCCAGUUGUGGUGUCGCUCUUGGUUUGAACUCAAUUGUGCCUCGUCUGAAGCGCGUCAGUCCCAACACAAAGAUGUUGCUCGGAAGAUUGGUGCCUUUCGCUGCUGUUGCCAGUGCAGGUGUGCUGAACGUCUUCUUGAUGCGCGGAGAGGAGAUCCGCAAGGGCAUCGACGUCUUUCCCACCGAAACCGAGGCACAGAAGCUCAAGCGCGAAGAAGCUGGCCAACCCCUCGAGUCACUCGGAAAGUCAAAGAAAGCAGCUACUCUGGCUGUUGGAGAGACCGCCAUCUCACGUGUCAUCAACGCUACGCCUAUCAUGGUCUUGCCGCCUUUGUUGCUUGUUCGUCUCCAAAAGACUCAAUGGCUGCAACAAAGACCGAGAAUGGUUACUCCUGUUAACUUGGGCUUGAUCUUUGCUACCAGUAUCUUUGCUUUACCUUUGGCUUUGGCCAUCUUCCCGCAGAGACAGGCUGUCAAGGCUGAUACUUUGGAAACUGAGUUCCACGGUCGUGCUGGUGAUGACGGUUGUGUCGAGUUCAACAGAGGUAUCUAG